GAGAGAGAAAGAGAAACAGAGCAAAGCAUUGUUUCAUGGCACUGUAGCAAUCUCUCUCAAACCCUCCUCAUAUGAUCUAAUACCUCUCUCCGAUCAUUCGUCAACAGUGUCACUGUCCAUAUUUAUAAACACUAUUUCCUUUUUUUGCCCUCUCUUUUUUGAUUCUGCAAAGUCGUAAGGUAUUGUACAGAGCAAAAAACCUAAUUCCCAAUGGCGUUCUACGAACGGAGCACAGGAAGAAACGGGUCCCAGUCGGAUCCUCAGGUGGAAUGGGCUCCGGUUGAGGCCGCAACGGGUCUCGAAGAAUCAAUGCAGAGUUUUGGGUUGUGGGGCAGAGAAUUGUACCCGGAGAGGCCGGGUGUGCCCGACUGUGCAUACUACAUGCGAACUGGAUUCUGUGGAUACGGUGUCAAAUGCCGUUAUAAUCACCCUCGUGAUCGUAGCUCCGUUGAAGGUGCUGUAAGAUUUGGAGGGGACUACCCAGAGCGACUGGGGGAACCUGCAUGCCAGUAUUAUUUAAGGACAGGGACUUGUAAAUUUGGUGCUUCCUGCAAGUUCCACCAUCCUAGAAAUGCUGGUGGAACCUUGAGUAAUGUGCCACUAAAUAUUUAUGGAUACCCAUUACGACCGGACGAGAAAGAAUGCUCCUACUAUUUGAAAACGGGGCAGUGCAAAUUUGGUUCAACCUGUAAAUUCCAUCACCCUCUACCUAGUGGCAUAUCAUUGCCAGCAUCUGCACGUCCAUUUUAUCCGACAGUGCAGUCUCAUUCAGCUCCUUCACCUGAACAAAGUGGGGGCACAUUAACCAGCUACAGGGUUGCAAGGCCUCCCUUAUUACCUGGUUCAUAUGUGCCAGGUGCUUAUGGUCCUGUGCUGCUUUCCCCAGGAGUGGUUCACAUGCCAAAUUGGACUCCUUACUCAGGACCCAUAAGCCCUGUAUUGUCUCCGGGUGCUCAACCCUCGGUUGGUGCAGCUUCUCUGUAUGGAAUGUCACAGUUAUCUUCUUCAGCACCUGCACUUGCAGGACCUUAUCCCCAUUUACCCCCUUCUGCUGGGCCUUCAAGCAGUAGUCAGAAUGAUCGAUUAUUUCCAGAUAGACCUGGAGAACCUGAAUGUCAAUACUACAUGAAAACUGGGGAUUGUAAGUUUGGAUUGUCUUGUAGGUAUCAUCAUCCACCCGACUGGGUUGCGUCAAAGACCAACUGUUUUUUCAGUCCCAUGGGUUUCCCUCUCCGCCCGGGAAUGCUUGAUUUGGUGGCAAUACUAUAUUGCUGGGAUCCAGAUGUGAAGUUUACUAUAGUGAAGCUUGAGGGGUUCAAACUACGUAGUGAGACUAUUAAAUCGAUCAUAACCCAUGAUAGCAGAAUUAGAUACUUCGAUUCAGAAAAUGGGAAGCGAAAGAUCUUUCGUUACAUCAUGGCAGCUGCAUUUUUGUAG